AUGUACGCUCAGGCUCAUUUCACCAUCACUUGUUUCCCCUCUGACAGUGUUACAUAUAAUAUACUUUUUUCUCAACUUCUGCAAACUGUGUACUUACGCUUGAAAGCUUUAGUUUGGUGUUUCAUCAGGUGCACCAGGUCAGGUGUUGAUCAUGAUUCUGAAGCUGACGCUUGUGCUCUGUUUUGUUACAGUGCUUUCAAGCAUUAUUCUGCAGUUCCCCUACAUAUAGUGAACCUUGGAGAGCCCGGUCAUUCAGACUACCGCAUGUACCCUGGUUCUGCUGCCAGCAUCCACCAGGGGGCUUUCUGUGAAGUCCUGAACUCUCUGUCUGCUGACGGAUCACUUGAAAUGGUGAACCACAUGCAUAGACUGCAUAAUCUGCUCCACACCAAACUGAGGGAAGUGCUCAACAGCGUUGCUGAAUCUGAAGAAGAUGUGGCCACAUUUGUGGAUGACAUCCUUCAGUUGAGAGAGAAGUAUGGAGCAUUAAAGAAGGCUACUGUGGGGCCAAGUACCUCAGCAUCUGCAUCGGAGAGUGUCUCAACUACUUCAAAGUAGAAGUCUGUUUUUGGUGUACAUUUACAUUCAGUGGAUGACUGUGGAAAACAAAAAUGUGACCAUAACCAUCUAAUAAAUGUUGCUUCAUUCUUUUUUUUU